AAGUCGUAAACUGACAUUGUCGGAUACAUUUGGAAAAUGGCUGGAAGUUAAAUUACACAUGCAGAAGGUAAUCGAUUCAAAACUCAGCAAAUGUGGAUUGGACGUAAAAUUUAUGCAAGGAAUACACAGCAGAAAUGAUCACGUGCUCGAUCACCCGGCAAUGAAAGCCUCCCUAUAUUUGGACCCACGCUAUCGAAGUGCAAUUAUUCACAAUUCACUUCAUGUCGACGAGGCGAAGGAAUUCAUAGCUCAAAUGAAGCAACGCUUGAAUUACUGCAGCGACCAAAUCGGCACGAAUGAAACGAUGGCUGACGCUGAUUCUGACGACAGCAUCAACAUCAGAUUCGACGCAGAAACUGCCAUUCGUGAUUUUUUGGGGCAUAAUAUCGAUCGAACUGAUUUGAGUAGCGAUUUUGAAGCAACGUUGGAUGCUUUCGACCCACCAGCCAUGGCCUUGAAAAAGCCCGUUUUAGAGUAUUGGAAUGAAUCGAAUGACUACGAGUCGUUACGUGAUGUGGCCAAUGCGAUAUUUGCAAUCCCACCAACAGAAACCGAAGUGGAGCGUGACUUUUCCGCAUUAAAGUUCAUUUGCAGCGAUCUUCGAAACCGUUUAUCGAACGAAACCCUGGAAGAUAUUCUUUGUAUCCACCUCAACAAGGAUCUAUAUCUCGAAGUGAAUGAAAACGAAAUUCAAAUCUUGGGUUGCCCACAACCAAAGCCCGACAUGUUGAAUGUGCACAUCGUGGCCCAUACACAUGAUGACGUCGGCUGGUUGAAAACAGUGGAUCAAUAUUAUUACAGGGCCAAACCAACUAUACAAAAAGCCAACGUAGAGAAUAUUCUUGUUUCGGUGCUAUCGGCACUGUUAAAAGAUCCCGAAAAGCGAUUCAUUUACGUGGAAUCGGCCUUUUUCUUCAAAUGGUGGAGUCAUCAAGCAGCAGCAUUCAAAGAACAAGUCAAACAGCUGGUAAACGAAGAUCGGCUGGAAUUUAUCGGUGGCGCUUGGAGCAUGAACGAUGAGGCAGCUACGCAUUAUCACAGCACUGUCGACCAAUUUACAUGGGGCUUACGGAAAUUGAACGAUACCUUCGGAGAAUGUGGACGACCGAAAAUUGGCUGGCAAAUCGAUCCAUUCGGCCAUUCAAGGGAAUUGGCAUCAUUGUUGGCACAAAUGGGAUAUGAUGGAUUGUUUUUGGGUCGAAUUGAUUACCAAAAUAAAGUGAAUCGGUUUACAAACCGGGAAGCGGAAAUGGUUUGGCAUGCAAGUGAUAGUUUAGGCGAAAAAGCGGAUUUGUUUACCGGCGUUUUGUACAACACAUACAGUCCACCGCCAGGAUUCUGUUUUGAUAUUCUCUGUGCGGACGAGCCAAUUAUCGAUGAUAAAAGUAGUCCCGAGUCGAUCGAAAGGUUGGCGAACUUUUGAAUUACAUUAAAACGGCCCAUUCGAUGUACCGUACACAUAAUGUGCUAAUUACGAUGGCGGAGGAUUUUCAUUAUGAAGUGACCAAUAUGUGGUUUAAUAACAUUGACAAAAUCAUUUU